AUGCGCACUGCACUAGCAAAUGGGAGGGAUCAGUAUGCUGGCCUCGAGACAGCCGUCACGGAGCUUCGAGCUGAAAAGGCAGGGGUUGAUGAGUGGCUCGAGGAGCCGCGGCUGGUCAUCAACACUCAGGGGGUGUUGUCGACGGAUCACGUUCACUGCAAGGGGCUGGAAGCUCCGGUAUUCGCACUCGAAGGAUUCCGCCAACAGCUACCACAGGAGCAAGCGGUCCAUGCAGACAAGCAUCGCGUGACGGACUCGGUGCAGCUCUCUGCGGCUUUAUCCCAUGGUUUUGCUCUCGAGAACGGUGGAGGUCUCUUUUUAUGUCCUGUCCAUGCUGCUCGUGGAAUCUCCGCACGCGAGUACAGGAGCGAGGCCGCCAAUCCGGCCUGGGACUUCGAGAGUUGGCAUCACCUGCACUCUUCAUGGAAUCUCCUUGACUUCACCGUCAAGAGAAUGUCUACACCAUAUCGCGCUGCAUCGCACCACAUUGGUGGCGUGCGCUUCGCAGGCACCUCAUACCAAGGCCUCAUCGGUGUUAUCCCAUCAGCAGAGCUCCCUGCUUGGACAUCGAAUAGGCCUGCUCGACGAUCUUGGGGUGAGAAUCGACAGGGAGGGUGCGAGGGCCGUGCUCGGGAGGGAACAUGA